CUGAAGUCAUUUCUGACCAGCUCGCAGCACAGACGAAACGAAGAGAAAGACAAUGUAUUCACGGACAAACAGUGUGACGAUGACUGUUCGCCAGGAGAGAUUUGCCUUCCCCGGGAUGGCGACUCGCAGUACGGAGCCAGAGGUCUUCACCUUCGAGCGGAUACCGACUCAUGCCACCGCGGUGAGCUCCUACGUGCCCGUCCGACCGAAGAAGCGCUGCACUCGGGUCAUGUACCCGGCUAAAGUCCGCAUGCACCUGCCACCACCGGAGAAGAACCAAGCCAAGCGCUGGCUGAUCAUCCUGUGCCUGGUGGUUCUGUGGCAGAUCUACACCGAGGAUGCUUGUGCCGAGGCGCCGCUGAGCCACGCCGAGAGUCCGGCUUCCGACUGCCAGGGCUUCUCCUUCCAGAAUGCCGCGGAACAAGUCAGCGCGCCCGCUUCGCCGGCUGCAACGGCCGUCGAGUCAGUGGCGCCGGGCACCGCCUGCGUCAGAGCCGGGCCGGAGGCAGAGAGCACCCGGGGGUUCGAGCAGAGCGCCGGGAACAGCUACAUGGUGGCUCUGCUGGUCUACCACAGGCUGGGCGGCGACAAGUAAAAGACCAAGGACUGGAAACGAUAAACUCUAUCCUGAAGAACCGGGUUCACGAGGUGAACACGGAUUCAGAAAAGCUUCCUGAAAAGCAGCGGAGCGCUCGCAAUGACGCAGCCCGAUGGAACCCCAGGUGCCGGCUUGAGCACUCGCUCGUCCCCGCUGAGAGCAGAGGCGCUGCGGACACUUGAAGACCCGAGGACGAUACUUGAACUUGACAAAACUUGAAUCUACACGAGUGUGAAUGAGACACACCAUGACUGUUACUGCACCUAGCCGCCGAACAAAGUGGACGUUUUACACAGAAAAGAAAUCACUUUUAUUAGGCCCAAACUGACAAUGUUGGAUUGUUAUUUAUGUUAUUUAUUUGUUAUUUGCUAUUUAUUGAAGUCGACUUUAAUAAACAUAUUUGAAUGAA